CCGUAAAUGCCACAAUCACAGUCCUCGUUUUCCUCUCUUUGGUUUGAACCCCAAAACCUUACUCUCCCUUAAACCCUAAAAUUGAAGAACGUAAAGCUCGUCACUUUAGUGAUCAGAAAUCUCUGGGGCCAUGCCAUCGUUUCACGGUCGGGUUUCUAAGCACAUCUUGUCCAUAAUAUCUAACCCUCUUCGCCAUUCAUCUGAACCCCCCAUUUCAACGAGAUUGUCGAUAAAACUGCGUCGUUCAAGCUCCACAGCUGAUCGCAGCGGUGAAAUGGAAGCACCAGAGCAACAACCUCCAGAGCCCAUACCCAAUAGGCCUUUGAGAGGCCAAAGACCGUCCAAUCCCCCGACCUCCCCUCUUCAAUUCCUCAACAAAAACUCACCCAUUUCAGAAAAGAGGAGAGAGAACCCUUCUCCGCCAUUGCAGGAUAGCAGUUUUCUUGAAAAGCUCAAGCUUGGUCUUGACAAGUCCAAGAGAGAGAAGCCUCAAGAAGUUGACGAGCCGCCCCAGCCACCUGAAGAAGCAGACGAGAUAUUCAAGAAGAUGAAGGAGACGGGUCUCAUUCCCAAUGCUGUGGCCAUGCUUGAUGGGCUUUGCAAGGAUGGGUUGGUUCAGGACGCCAUGAAGCUUUUUGGGUCGAUGCGUGAAAAGGGUACUAUUCCUGAGGUCGUUAUAUACACUGCUGUGGUUGAUGGGUUUUGCAAAGCUCAGAAGCUUGAAGAUGCUAAGAGGAUUUUCAGGAAGAUGCAGAGCAAUGGGAUUAUUCCCAAUGCUUUUAGUUACACUGUGUUGAUACAGGGGUUGUAUAGGUCUAAUAAGUUGGAGGAUGCUGUUGAAUUUUGUGCUGAAAUGCUGGAAGCCGGUCACUCACCGAAUGUAGCUACUUUCGUGGGAUUGGUUGAUACGAUUUGUAAGGAAAAUGAUUUGGAAGAAGCUGAAAGUGUUGUUGGGAAGUUGAAGCAAAAGGGGUAUUUGGUAAAUGAGAAGGCUGUUAGAGAGUUUUUGGACAAAAAGGCGCCAUUUUCACCCACGGUUUGGGAAGCUAUCUUCGGGAAGAAGAAGUCUCAGAAAUUUUUUUGAGUUCUCUUGGUCAUUAGAAGCAUAAGAAAUUAUUUUGCAUAAUUCUACAAGUUCUGGAGAAUUCGUGCUCUUAGGUGAAGAAAAAAGAAAUGGGGGUUCUUGUUUUUAAGGUCUUCUUCUUUUAGGUAGCUCAAAGAUGUAUCAGAAAAUAAAUUAUUUUUUCCUCCAAGAUGCUCCCAAGCUUGUAGAACAUGUAACUGUUCACUCUGUUGCCAUAACUAUACGCUUUUGGUCACAUUAAUUUGUUGCCAACUCAAAUUGUGGAUGGUAGCUGCAGUGUGCCAAUAGACAGCCCUCAAAACAUGCAACCGCGUAUGGCAAAAAGCGGUUGGCGUCUCUCUUGUGCAAAAGCAGAAACUCAUCAUGGUCGGUUAUUGUUUAUUCCAAGUGAGCAAAUUGUGAAGAAAGAGAUACAUCUCCUCUUGAAAUGACUUUGGGUAUUAUAAGCUCCUCCUACUUUAAAUGCCAAGCACCAACUCACACCCAACAAAAUUCUCUGUGCCCCAUAAGAUCUUUGUGAUUUGGUCGGCUUUAUUUUUAUCCCCCCUGCUAGUUUAAGGUAGUAUGUGGUCAUAUACCUAGGCUAGAGGGAACUGUCCCAUUAAGGGUGGGGCUGAUGUAGCAUGUUUCAAUUAACCCAUAAUUAUC